AAAAUUAAACAUUUCUACAUUAACAACAAUGAGUACUGCUGGACAAGGCUCAAACCCUGUUUCUGUUCACAAACUUAUAAUGGUUGGAAGUGGGGGAGUUGGGAAAUCUGCUUUAACUUUGCAAUUUCUUUAUGAUGAGUUUGUGGAAGAAUAUGAACCUACUAAAGCCGAUUCCUAUAGAAAAAGGGUUGUUUUGGAUGGAGAAGAAUGUUCUUGUGAUGUUAUGGAUACUGCUGGACAAGAGGAUUACUCUGCUAUAAGGUUGUUAAAUUUGAAGGGAUUUUUAUUCCCUUUUGAAUUUUUUUCUUAUAUAAGAGGCAAAGGGAUGUUUAUAGAAUGUGUCGUGACAGAAACAAGGAAAUCUCGUUAAUUGUUUAAUGGGCUCGGGAUUCUUGUAUGGGUUCUGGUAUCUUGUUAGUUUACAUGGCCUUCUCUUUCCAAUCUUAUUUUCCUUGGUGAAAAUGAACUUUGGAAGGCCAUAUCUUGGCCAAAUCAAAAAACGG